AUGGCAUCUUUCAACUUCACCCCAUCUGACCCUUCAGCAUUUACCCUAAUGGGCAUCCCUGGCCUGGAAGAUGUGCAUAUGUGGAUUUCCAUCCCUUUCUCUACAUUCUACAUUAUCGGCCUUUUGGGAAAUUUCAUGGUUCUGUUUGUUGUAGGCAAAGAGCAGACCCUGCACAAGCCAAUGUACCUGCUGCUCUGCAUGCUGGCGCUCACAGAUAUUGGCAUAUCUACCUCUGUCGUGCCGAAGGCACUGUGUAUAUUUUGGUUCAAUUUGAAAGGAAUUACUAUGGGUGGCUGCCUCACCCAGACAUUCUUCCUUCAUGCACUUUCUGUUAUGCACUCAGCCGUCCUCGUGACAAUGGCCUUUGAUCGCUACGUUGCCAUAUGUAGCCCUCUGAGAUACGCCACCAUCCUCACCAACACACGAAUAGCUAAGCUAGGGCUAGUGGGUUUGAUGAGAGCUGUUCUCUUCAUUCUGCCCAUGCCCCUGCUCCUGAGCAGGCAGCCAUUCUGUGCCAACCGCAUUAUCCCCCACACAUACUGCGAGCACAUGGCUGUGGCGAAGAUGUCGUGUGGGGACAUCACAGUCAACAGGACGUACGGCUUGGUGAUGGCAUUUGUUGUCAUCGGGUUAGAUCUGACGCUUGUUGCCCUGUCCUAUGGUCUGAUCAUCAGGGCCGUCCUCAGAAUCUCCUCCAAGAAGGCUCACCCGAAAGCCCUCAACACCUGCACAACCCACAUAUGUGUGAUGCUGACAUCUUGUAUUCUUUUCCUCUUCUCCACUCUGACACACCGGUUUGGUCAGGGCAUCGCUCCCCAUGUUCACAUUAUCUUGGCCGACCUCUUCUUCCUCAUCCCUCCCAUGCUCAACCCUAUCAUUUAUGGGGUCAAAACCAAAGAGCUUCGUGAGAAAGUGGGUAAAUACACCUGCAAAUGUGAUCACCGGGGGCCACUGACUUUAAACCUAUGUGACAAAAUGGGGAAAGGAUGCCGCCUCAUUAAUCAAGUGUGCUCUGUCCCAGUUUGUCUGAGCUGA